CCGCCGCGGCACCAGUAGUGGCUCCGCAUCUCCAAAAGGGGCCCUCCAACUCCUCGCUAGGCCAGUCCGGCGCCGGGUCGUGGAGCCCUGCGCAACUCCCACUGGCCUCUCGAGGGAUCCCUCCUCCAGAGUUUAGAGCAACUUUCCCCUCUACCCCGCGCGGCGGCGGCGGCUCGGGGACAGUGGCCACCUCAGGUAGCUGAACCCUGGGCCACGCUCCCCGCGCCUCGGCUGCGCGCGCGCGUCGGUCGCCCCGGGUCUCCGUGCACGCUGGGGAUCCCCGAGCUCGGCUCUGAGGGCGAGAUGCCCCUGGGACACAUCAUGAGGCUGGAUCUGGAGAAAAUCGCCCUAGAGUACAUCGUGCCCUGUCUGCACGAGGUCGGCUUCUGCUACCUGGACAACUUCCUUGGCGAGGUGGUGGGCGACUGCGUCCUGGAACGCGUCAAGCAGCUGCACUGCAACGGGGCCCUGCGGGACGGCCAGUUGGCUGGGCCGCGCGCCGGCGUCUCCAAGCGGCACCUGCGGGGCGACCAGAUCACGUGGAUCGGGGGAAACGAGGAGGGCUGCGAGGCCAUCAGCUUCCUCCUGUCCCUCAUCGACAGGCUGGUCCUGUACUGCGGGAGUCGGCUGGGCAAAUACUACGUCAAGGAAAGAUCCAAGGCAAUGGUGGCUUGCUAUCCAGGAAAUGGGACGGGUUAUGUUCGCCAUGUGGACAACCCCAACGGCGAUGGCCGCUGUAUCACCUGCAUCUACUAUCUGAACAAGAAUUGGGACGCCAAGCUACACGGGGGGGUCUUGCGGAUAUUUCCGGAAGGGAAGUCAUUCAUAGCGGAUGUGGAGCCCAUUUUUGACAGACUCUUGUUCUUCUGGUCGGACCGCCGGAACCCGCAUGAAGUCCAGCCUUCUUACGCGACCAGAUAUGCUAUGACUGUUUGGUACUUUGAUGCUGAAGAAAGGGCAGAAGCCAAAAAGAAAUUCAGGAAUUUAACGAGGAAAACUGAAUCUGCCCUCACUGAGGACUGACUGUGCUCUGAAAUCCGCUGGCCUCAUUCAUUUUGGUAAUGGUUCCUGAGGUCUCUUGAAGAGUUGAGAUCCAAAGAAGGCCUCUUCCGUGACUCGGUGACAAGAAGCCCCCCUACUGCUUGCGUCAUUCACAUCCCUGUCUUAUGUAUGGUACUUUGUGUUUUCUUGCCAAGACUGCAUCCACCUUCAGACACUCUCUUUGUCAGAUGAACUCAUUUGCUAACUCCAGAAAUACCUGCAGACGACCUAGCUGGCCAGCGGUUGAACUGAUAGAUUUCAUAAUACUGGCUACCAACACAAGAUCCUGGAAGCAUGGGCAAGGGAAUGACUCUUACUUGCACUUUAUGUACACUUCCUGGUUUGAAAGGAGAAGGUUUGCAAAGAAAAACAAAAUGGCGACAGAUGCCGAGAGGCAUUCAUGAAGCCUUAACAGCAGGAAACAGAAAUUUGUGUCAUCUGAACAGUUUCCAGAUAUUCUUAAUCCCGGGCUUUUUUGGGGGGUUUCUGGAGAAUUAUCACAACCUAAUGACAUUAUUACCUCUAGAAAGGGCUGCUGUCAUUGUCAUCAAUUUAGAAGUAUCCUGUGGGUGGACACUCUCUUUUUCCUGGUCCUGUAACCUGGAUUUGCUGCCUGUGCCCCAUUUUGCUGAAAACAGAGUUUUCUGGUCAAAGGUGAUCUACCAUGUAUUUUUUAUUUUCAUUUGUUAGUUGAGAACCUAAUUCCCCAAAGGCAAAAACUAGACCUUAAUUGUUUGGGUUACUUUGUUGAAAUGGAAUUUGAAUUUCAAGCAAAGGGGAAAAGAACCCACUUGGUAGGUAGUUCAGAGGCAACAGCCUCUGGGAGCUGGUAUCAAAAGAUGUGGGUCUGCUAAUACACUGUAAACCUGUGUGCAUCUUGGAUUGUCUGAGAAUGGCAGAAGGGUUGGAAAUGUAGGCGCUCCCGCAUUUCAGUUUUCCCUUUUAAUGAGCUCACCCUUCUUGUUUAACAGAAUGAGAAAAUAAGAAAAAAUGGGGUGUUGUGUUUUAAAAAGGAAAAUGAAAAAA